AUGGCGGAGCGCGACCCCCAGCAUCCGCAACAUCUGCAGCGUCGAUCCUCGUCCCGGACCUCCUCCGCCUCUCGGCACAGCCAGAGAGCUAAGGCCGCGUGCGCCCGCCCGCAGAAACGCCUCUCCGCCUCCUCCAAUGCCACCACCACCGACCUGACCUCCUUCCCCUCGCUCUCGCCGGACCGCUCCCCAGACGGCUUCCUGGGCCAGCCCGCGCUGAACCGCGCCCUCACAAAUGCCCUGCUCGACGAAGAGGCCAACGAGUCUCCCGCCGAUGUCCCACGGGACCGGCGAUCCACCCUGGCCAAGCUGACGGGCGGGCUGCCCGCGGAGUCAGGCCGCGCCGCGCUCUUCGACGACUCGAUCCACCUGCACGACUUCCCUGGGGCGCUGCAUCUGGCCGACGACUCGCACAUUGAGCGGCUGGUCGCGAGCACGGGCGCCGUGAAGCUGGUGCGGCAGUUUGCGCGCGAUCUGGCGCUGCGCGACGCGGAGAUCUCGGCUCUGCGGCAGCGCGCUGAUGCGCGCGAGCGCGAGUUGAAGCGGAUGCUGCGCGAGGUGGCCGUGUCGAAUCAGGAUAUCGAGCGGAGGCUGUAUGCGCUGGAGAACGCGCCGCGGAAGAACUCGGACGGGCUGGAUGCGGGGAAGGAUGGUGAGCAGGCGGGCCAGCGCUCCGUCGGGGUCCAUGGGCUUAUGCAGCAGGCGUUGACCGAUGAAGUGGGUUCGUUGUCAGAUGACGGGACGUCAGCGCAGGAUCAGGCGACAGUGCGCGGCACGCAGCGCUUGGAGUGUGACUCGCCUUCUGGCACGUCGAGCGCCGAAUCGGGGACCACCCGGAAGAGACAGCUUUCGGUCCGCGGCUGGCAGGAUUAUAUCUUCGGGAAUGGCACGGCGAGUCGGAAAACGAGCAGGGCGAGCAGUAUCAUGAGUGGUGUUGGCGAGGUCGAGGAGGAGGAGACCCAGCGUCGUCGUCCUUCCAACCGUCGAAAAGCCCUGGAUGAACAGCUGUUCCAGCCGCCCAGCGAGCGUGCUGGGCCUUCCGGAGGCGAAGUGGCUGCAAAACGCGCGGCCGGGGAUGAUGCCAGCAUCCAUUCCCGCAAAUCGUCAAAGUCGCUCGCGUCGUGGACAGUCAAGCUCUUUGCUGGGGGCUCCCAGCCCGUCCGCGACGAAAAUACUGCAAGCUCAGUUCGAAGCAGAGCGUCGUCUAUUCAGCAAGACAAAAGCAAAAGCUCUUCCUCCGCAUCCUCGAACCCUAGAGCUGGGAUGUCGGCGGUGGCCGCCUUAAAGCGAAUCAACAGUAACACCAAUUUCCCAAGUGUGUCCGGCAGACCUGCCAAUGGAUCCACUGGCACUGGUCGGUCCACCGUUCAACCUGGCCGGAGACAUGCAGCCUCGACCGUGUCUCAACCGCCGGGCUCCGAUGGUGCUGAUAAAAGUGCUACGAAUCUAGGGCCCGUCGAGAUGGAUGCCAUCCUUCCCAUGGAAUCGCGGCCGCCGACGCUUUCCUACAUGUACAACAAUUACCAAUCCGGCGAGCUUCUGACCGAUCGCUUUGGAUUCAUUUAUGACCAGCGCCGCAAAAAGAGGCAGCGCGAAGCCAUCAUGUCCAAGAACAGCGGCAACCGCCUGAGCGUCGCCGAGACUCUGAGCAGCUUCCGCACUGACGCGUCAGAUGGCGACGACGACGACGACGAGCAAGUGAUUCUCAAGCAAUUGCAAGCAGUUGCGGAACCCCAGCGCUCACCUCCAUCCAUCUCUCCCGACGAUCCAGACGCGGGAGCUGUGUCUCUUGGCAAGUGGCAGGAUUAUCUAAAGAUCCCAACUCGGCCGACCGAAUUGCUAUCACACACCCCGUCGGCAGGCCCCAUCGUGUCACUCACCACCGCAAGCGAAUCCCAGCCACGUACGACUGCAGUGGCGGUUGACCGGCAUGGUUCGCUAUCGGUCAACCCAAAUGCCCCGCCAUCGGCAUCGACGUCUACAAUUGUCGCGGACCGUCCCGAGUUCGCGGGAGGCUCUACCGAUGAACUCACCACGAUAACCGCGUCGAGUGCAUCUCCAAGCGAAAAUGAGCCCGUCAGGCUCCUUCUUGAGCAGUUGACAGAGCUUCACGAUACCCUCCAGCGAGACAGGACGGUCCGGUGGAAUGAAUUUAUGCGCAAGGUGCGCGCCGAGCGCAGGAAAGAGGGAGAAGCUGCAGCCGCUGCGGCCGCUUCCGCCCGUUCUUCUCAGUCCGUCGAUACGCCGGAGGCAUCUCUCCCGGUCGGCGAGGUGGUGGGGAUCUCCAACCUUGGGAAUAAGGGCAAGGUCGGGCGGGCGAAGUGGCGGGAGUUCCGAUCGCUUGUCCUCGGGGGCAUACCGGUUGCUCUCCGGGCGAAGAUUUGGUCUGAGUGCAGCGGCGCGUCCUCUAUGCGGGUACCUGGCUACUACGAUGAUCUUGUACGUGGGAUCGGCGGAACCGAUCCGGACCCGUCUGUCGUGGCUCAGAUCGACAUGGACAUCAAUCGGACUCUCACAGACAACGUGUUUUUCCGCAAGGGGCCUGGUGUCUCCAAGCUCCGAGAGGUUCUACUCGCGUACUCGCGACGCAACGCUGAGGUGGGAUACUGCCAAGGGAUGAACCUCAUUGCUGCCUCUCUGCUGCUCAUCACCCCGACCGCAGAGGACGCCUUCUGGAUCCUCGUCUCGAUGAUUGAAAAUAUCCUUCCGCAUCAUUAUUACGAUCACGGACUGCUCGCUUCCCGGGCCGAUCAGGUCGUCCUGCGCCAGUACAUCUCCGAGGUGCUACCCAACCUAUCCGCGCACCUCGACUCGCUGGGCGUCGAGCUCGAAGCACUUACCUUCCAAUGGUUCCUCUCCAUCUUCACCGACUGUCUGUCCGCCGAGGCCCUCUACCGCGUUUGGGACGUGGUGCUCUGUCUCAACGUCACCAGCGUUGUCAAUCCCAACCCGAACCCCUCCGCACCUUCGGCCCGAGAGACCACCGAGCCCAGCAACCCCUCAGCGCAAGAAAUCGCAUCCGGAAGCGGAGGCGGCAGCACGUUCCUCUUCCAGGUGGCGCUGGCCCUCCUCAAGCUCAACGAGCAACAGCUCCUGACAACCUGCUCGACCCCCGCGGAGCUGUACACCUACAUCAACCACCAGAUGACCAACCACGCCAUCAGCAUCGACGGCCUCAUCCAGGCCAGCGAGGCCCUGCGGAACGUCGUCCGUCGCGAAGACGUCGUGGCUCGUCGCGCAGAGGCCCUGCACGAUAUGCGCGAGUUCAGCACCGGACUGUCGAACGCUGAAGCAGCGGGCGCUGACAAUCCCAACUGA